UUUGCCCUUGUUGGUCAGAGUUUGUUUGGCAGAGCUCAAUGCAAGCUUUGUUUGCCUGCAGCACCGGACUGGCUUGUUGUUCCUUUAGUCCGAUCAUUGUGUCUUUGUUUCCAUGUAUAGUAUUAGAUAGCACUUAAGUAGCGCGAGGCACUGUGGGCCUCUGCCAGAGACUAACAUGUUGCAGUUCGCACACCCCAGCCCAGCAAAUGGACAUGGCUUAGGUAGUAGCUAUACUAGUGCGCCAGCAUCACCACUUAUAUGGCAUAGAAUGUGCCCAUGCGGCAUACCGCAGACCCAGCCUCGCGCCGUUCGGACCGCCAAGCGCCUCGGCCCCUCGGCGACCACCGGCGGUGUGGCCCGCGGCCUGGCGUGCAGCUCCGCAACCAGCGGCCCGGCGGCGGCAGUGCUCAGCGGCGGCGGCCCCCUCCUUGCCGCCGCCGCCCCUGCUGUCACAGGGGCUGGCGGCGGUCUGCAGCAGGUACUGCCGCUAGCCGCCUGGGCCCGUCAAGCCGCACCAGCGCCCACCGCUGCCGCACCUGCAGCAGCCGGGGCGCGCAGCUAUCUCCUGCAGCCGGGGCGGCGCGCGCAGCAGCAAGUGCUGGCGGCUGCGGGGAGAUACGGCAGUGGCGGCACCAGUGACAGGAGCAGUGACAGCAGCAGCAGCAGGCGUGGCGGCAUCAGCGGCAGCCGCAGUAGCAGUGACGGUGGCGAAAGGGCGGGCAGGGGCAGGGCAGACGGCGGCCGUUGGGCUGGCGGCGGCGGGCGUGGCAGUGGAAGGGCGGGCGGUGGCGGCGGUGGUGGCGGCGGCAGGGCGCGGGACCCCGCAGAUGACAUGACCAUGUGUCGGAAUCUGGAGGCCCUGCAAGCAGUCAUUGGUCAGCGGCUGUCGGUGUGGUCAGAGCGGCAAGACGUGAGCACCAUGUCAGUUGCCUUCAACCUGUGUGGCAAGCUGGAGUCAGCAUGCGCCGGCGGGCCGGCCGCCACAGCCGCGGCCCGUGCCGGCAUCAUGGCGGCCCUUGCGUGCGCCUACCUCCCGCUCGUGCCGCGCAUCCGUCAUCCGGCCGACUGCAGCAUUCCGCUGUUGGCGCUAGCGAAGACUGGGGCUGCCAGCGACGGGCGUGUGGAGUCACAGCUGGCGCCGGCGCUGCUGCAGCGGCUGGUGGAUCCAGUGUUGCUGGAGGCGGCGAAGCCGCAAGAGCUGUCGAACGCGCUGUAUGCCCUGGGCAAGCUGCGGGAGCAGCAGCAGCAGCGGGGCUCGGGCUGGGACCCCACCUCAUCGCCGCACCUGAACGCACUGACAGGCGCUGUGGCCUCGCGUCUACGUGCGGCGGAGGGGCACGGCUUCAACGCGCAGAACGUGUCUAACAGCCUGUGGGCGUGUGCGAAGCUGGGGUACCGAGACUCAGACCUUCUGCUGCCGCUGGUGGAGGCGGCCGCAGCCCUUGCCCGGGACAUGAAUGCGCAAGGUGUGGCCAACAGCCUCUGGGCGCUUGAGGCCCUGGGCUGCACCGGACCGGCGUUUCUGGCAGGGCUGGAGACGCUGUGCGGUGCGGCGCUGCGGCAGCUGCGAACACCGAAGGAAGCUGAAGCGUUCAAGCCGCAGGAGCUGUCCAACAUCCUGCUGGCGCUGGAGGGGCUGCAGCUGGGAGGCAAACAGUCCGAGCUGCUGGCGGCUGCUGUGGUUGCAGAGUGCGUGCGGCGGCUUCGGACACCGAAGGAAGCUGAAGCGUUCAAGCCGCAGGAGCUGUCCAACAUCCUGCUGGCGCUGGAGGGGCUGCAGCUGGGUGGCAAACAGUCUGAACUGCUGGCGGCUGCUGUGGCUGCAGAGUGCGUGCGGCGGCUGCGAACACUGAAGGAAGCUGAGGCGUUCAUUCCGCAGGAGCUGUCCAACAUCCUGCUGGCGCUGGAGGGGCUGCAGCUGCGAGGCAAGCAGUCCGAGCUGCUGGCGUCAGCAUUAGCAGCUGAGGGGAUGCGGCGGGCCUUUGCCGGCUUCAAACCACAGGACUUCAGCAACUCGGCGUGGGCCCUGGCUAAGAUGGGGUAUGGGGCUGGAUCACCGUCGGAAGCCAUGGAGCAGCGCCAGUGGUACGCGGCCGCGGUCGCAGCAGCUCAGCGGCCCGGGGUCAUGGGCAGCGCCAAGCCGCAGGCGUGGGCCAACCUGCUGUACGCGCUUGCAUUGGUGCGGCACCAGCCGCCACCCGCGCUGCUUGACGCGGGUGCCGCGGCGGCGAUGCAGCGAGGCAGUGCACAGGCAUGUGCAAACACGCUGUGGGCGCUGGCGGUGCUGCAGCUGCGUCACGCCGGCUUGGAGGCGGCGGUGUGCGGCCGGCUGGGUGAGCUGCUGCGGCAAGACCCGGAGUUGCUUGCUGCACAGGCCCUUUGCAACAGCCUGUGGGCGCUGGCGGUGCUGGCAGGCGGCGGCGGUGGCCCUGCUAGCCCGGCUGCAACUGCACUGGCCUCGGCGCUUGCCCGUGAGGCCGUGCGGCGCCGUGAGGGGUUUCAGAUCGAGGAGUUGUGUCAGCUCUGGCAGGUGCAACAGGAGUUGGGCGGUAAGGUGGCGGAGGCUCUUGCCCGCAGCCCCGACCUGAAUGCCGCGAUGGAGGCGGCGGUAGCUGCCGAACGGGCGACCAAGUCGACCACCAGCAGCACGCAGGAGCAGGUUGCGGAGGCGCUUAAGCGACUGCUGCAGAAGGGUUGCCUGCCCAUCGGUUUCGUGCAGACGGAGGUGGUAGUGGAGGGCGUGCUGGGGCGUGCGGAUAUUGUGGCGGGCUGGAGCGACGGGCGGAGAGUGGCCAUUGAGGUGGACGGGCCAGACCACUUUCUUGCCAACCGCAAGGACGACCCGUCCGCGGUAGGCGGUUCCACGGCCCUGCGCAACCGGCAGCUGCGGCGGGCGCUAGGGGAGGGAGGCCUGGUGUGUGUGCCGUACUGGGAGUGGUACGGUCUGAGGACGCCUUCCGCUCAGGAGGCCUACCUGCUGCAGCAGCUGCAGGAUGUGCUAUUUGGCGCGUCGUCAGGAGCAGCAGCAGGGGAAGGCAUCGCCGCCGCCCCUCGCCGACAGCAGCAGCGGACGACUCAGCCGCAGGCGGACAUUGCCGGCAGCACCACCACCAGCACCGUCAGCACCAGUGACACCACUGGCAGCAGCCAGAAGAGGCGCGUCCACAUUGUCCGCAGGAAGACGCCAAAGCAGGAGGCGGCCGGCGGCGGAGGGGCGGGAGGGGCCUCGGGUGCAACAGCAGCUGCAGCGGCGGGGGCUGAGUUGGCGGCCCCUGCCGGGCAGCGGCAAGCGGAGGAGGCGCAGCGGCUUCCCAGCAGUGGCGCUGGUGGCGGUGCUGGCGAGGGUGGAGGAGACGGAACUCCUCUGGCGCCGCAGCCUCCACCACCGCAGCGGCAGCGCGUGUCAGCGCCCCGGGCGCGCUACAGCAGCAGCCAAAGCCGUAGCCGCAGCAGCCAGGCGGGCUCGCCUUCUCCUGCUCCUCCGGUUAAGGCCCCGCCGCCGGAGCAGGUGCAGGCGCAGGCGGCAGCGCCACCCCGGCGGGCCGCGGGCGGGAAGCAGACAGUGGCGGUGGAUCCGGCAGCAGGUGGCGGUGGCGGCGGUGGCGGCGGCACUGACCCCGGGGCGGUGGUGGUGCCGGCCGCGGUCUCUGAGAAGCAGGUGGCGGUGGUGGCCGGUGAGGAGGACUCGUCGGCAGCAGCUGUAAGGGGUGGUGAUGGUGGUGGCAGUGGCGGGGGCGGGGGCCUGCCCGCGGGCAGCAGGCGGAGGCGGGCGGUGGGGACCGGCAGGCGUGCGGCCUCGUCAAGCCUAGCAGCAGCGAGUGAACAAAUGAGGUUGGAGCAGUAAGUGCGGUUAGUAAUUGCUGCACAAACAUACACACGGCUUGUCAUUUGCGUUCUAUUAUGCCUUGUGUCUUUUCCCAACGCACGUGUGUGUGGAAGCACUGACUGCAAUAUGCUACGGCGCGCCGCGACGGCGGGCUUUGGCUUUGUGUGCCGUGUGUUUGGUGCGGUGCCCAGUACGGUAGGUAUCUGUGGGGACCGGCAGGCAGGUGAGCGGCCGUGAGGCCCAGGGGUGGCUAUACACGGGGUGCAGCGAGGGGCGGGGCAUGAGUGGAGUUGGGGCACACACACCAGCUAGCUACCGUAGUGACACGUGCACACACGGCACGCCAAAGGCACCAAGCUUGCGGCACGCCGCAUGUGUUUUGUGUGUAGAGAGGUAGAGAGCCACGGCGGGUCAGGGGUGGCCUGGUACUCCUUGCGUCCUUGCCCAUGUCCUUGCCUAGCACACGUGUGUGUGUGUGUGUGUGUGUGUGUGUGUGUGUGUGUGUGUGUGUGUGUGUGUGUGUGUGUGUGUGUGCAUGGCCCAGAUGCAGCCAGUGUUGCGCACAUACAGUGGUGUAGACAUGCAUACAUACAGACAUCCAGAUAUGCUGCUACAAUGUGUCACGCGAUAGCGGGUGACUCAGCAUGGCGCGUGCCGCGGGGGUUUCAGACCGUGUGUCCCUAGGGUUAAGUCGAAUAAUUGUGUGCCGCGUUGCGUGUCCGUCAGACGAACGGACCGCCCUGCGUCCCAGCUUCCUGUGAGGCAUCUUAGCGUAUGACGAGUGGUGUGGAAACGAAUGCGUACGUAGACCAGCGCGGACGGCGGAGUGGGCGUAUCUUGCCCAGUGUGUGCCCAUCGGUCGGUCGGUCGGUCGGGGGGUCCGGGGUUUCGUGGCAUGGGGUCAAAAAAGUUUGUUCCUACCCCCCCCCCUGAAGUUAGCCUUCCUUUAGUUACUAAGACGUACGGGUCGGAGAACGGCACCUGGGUUCGUGAUGACGUGAGGCGUCAGACGGAGUGAGGCCAUGGGGCCAAGAUGCUGCUGAGGCGGCCGUUAUCAGUGCGCGCAGGCUCAAACCACGCUACGUGAGUUUGAGCUGAGCG